GGGGGUGCAUUCGCUCAGUGCUGCCCGAGUCCUUUGUUUUGCCAAUCAUUCUUCUUCAACAACAACAACCACAACAAUCUCCGUAGAUCGAUGGUAGUCGAUGGAUAAUGCAUAUCCCAAGAAUCAAGUUCACCUAUGGCAAUCGAAAGUCAAGACUGAAAACACUCACACAAGAAUAUGAUAGCAGCGAUGAUGAUCAGGACAUUCAGGUCGGACCUAGUAGCAGCAAACUACUCGAUCGAUUGACUGCCAAUACUACCACUCAGCAACAGGCCAAGAAGAAUCAAACAUCCAAAAAAGAGAUUCCUAGCAACAUCCAUCAUUCCAAGAAACGUAAGAAAACUGACCAGGAGCCCCAGAACACCAUCACUGCCACUAAUCGACGCGUCUCAGAUCGAUUGAAAUCAAAUCCUUCAAACCAAGAAACCACCACCAGUCAACCUCAAGUGGAUCCUAAUCGAGAAACUACACCUCUGGAUCAGGAUCUACUUCUGAUCCUACAAGUUCAAAAGCCUCAAACUUCAAGUGCUAGGCCUAGUCGAGCUCGAUCGGUCAAUCAGUCUCCUCAAAGUAUCAAAAAACCACACCUUCAGCCCACUCAGUGCUCAUCACCUCAACGAGUAGUCAAUAAGAGACCGAGGACAGAAUCUAAAACUGAACAAGACAGGAAGGCCCUACCAGGUCCAGAACUUCCUCAACGCAGGAUCACUCGCUCACUGUCUCAGAGAUCUCUCGUCCCAUCCGAACCAACUUCUCGGCCUAUCCGCACUGAGCUCAAUUAUCCGUUCCCCGAUCAGAGAGAUGAACACUUCUCCUCGCCUACAAACUCACCCCAUCACCAGUCACCUCAGCCUCCCGGAUCUGACACGCCUGACCAUUCUGAUAUUUUCGCCAUCCUCGAAUCUAUCAAGGCCUGCAACGACUCUGAAGGGGCCGAGUUGAAUGGAUCUCCCAAAAAGGCUCGGGUAGCACUGAUGGGUGGUAAAACUAUUUCCCGAUCUGGCGCUCUUUCACCCUCACUUUCGUCUGGUUGUUCUCGACCAACGAGUCCGAUCGCUCGGCCAGCUAAUCGAUUACUGAAGCGCGUUCUCAGCACUAGCUCUUGUUCUGAUUUAUUUGGCUCAUCCAAUCGAACUUCCAACCUCCCCCCAAGGAAACCACUUGCACGACAACUAUCCUCAGAUUUCCCACCGAUACCCGUCAAUCAUGAAGUGAUCAACACUAGUAACCUAGUCAACAUAUUCCCGGGUGGUAAAGCGCUGAAAAAAACUUACGGUGGUGAAAGGACAUUCAAGCAAGACGAGAACGAGUUAAAGUUGUUAAUGCCAAUAUCUACGCCGGCUCCACCUCGGACAUCGAAAAGGUUAUCUGGGCCGACCGCGGGUUCGUCUCGAUUGACGGGCUCUCUCAAGAGGUUCCAAAGUCGGGAGACAUAUAGUGAGCUGCGCAAGAAGUGGGGCGUCGAUGAAGACGAUGAACCUAUCGAAGAUGAAACUGAGCUGCAGACGACCAUCCAUCAACGUGCCAGUGGCUCUUCCAAACGAUUCACGGAUGAGCUGUUCUACUUGAUCGAAGGCCUGGUCUCCACAGCUGACCAACCGGACCUCAGCCUCAAACGCUCCAGUGCAGUGGAGUUGAUCAAAAAACUUAAAGAACAACAAUUUAUGAAUGAGCUACGCUCGAAUGGAUUGAUCGAGCAUUUCUAUAACUCAUUCAGGUCUGCAGGGGCAGGAGACGGCGAUCCGAUCCUCGAUCAUGCCCUGCUCAUCUUCAUCUCACUCCUCAGUUGUCAAGACCAAAAAUUUAUCGAACCCGUCCUGAGAAUCAUCCCCAAAGGUUCUACCGGACUCUUCUCGAUGCAAUCCGACUGUUUGCAGGUGUUGGGAACUGUGGCAUGUCGCAAUUACCCCCAACCGACUCUGAAACCUCGCGGAACUUCGCGAAGACAUCCUCCAUUGGUUACUCAAAUCCAGGAAGUCAUCCAAGAAUCCAUUUUGAGGAAACAUCUUCCUGGAGCGAGCAGUCCUGGAUUAUUGGCGCUGUUCAGUCUAGCCCGUAUCGCCAUGUUUGUCCCCCGCCCUGGCCUCCUUCCUCAACGAUCUAUCGUCCAUUGCUCUGCUUUCGCCUCUGCUAUCGACUGCUUGAAAGUUUAUAGCCAAAAACUUCAUGAUUUAUUCGAUAAUUCUGUUUCAUUUCCAGAUUUUUCAACUGGAGAUGGACACGAUAUUUUGAAGCAUGUAGGGUUCUGCAUGGAUGUUAUCGAAGCAUGUACGGUUUGUGAAGAGGACGCGUUAAAUUCAAUUAACUUGUUUCGAGACCCGUUGGCAAGUGUGUUUGGAUCACUUAUCUCACUCUGUCAUAGCUUAGCUAGACAUGACCAAACAAAAAUAUCGAUGACUGCAUUGGAUAUUCUGAUCGGUUGUUUAAGGACGAUGGUCAAUGUGACGAACUACAAUUCAAUAUGGGCCUCCGAGCUGAGUACGCCAUCGGUUCUACACGCCUUAUGUGGCCUGUUUGGGAUCUGUCGGGAGGGGUAUGACCACCACCAAUCAACUCAAAAAGCAAUUAAACGAGCAGAAGAUCGAAUCGAUCCUCCGUCUGUCUCGCCAUCGCUCAUCAACCAUCCCCAGGGACCUCAUGCCCAUGAUAACCGCGUCGAUGAUGUUGUCUUCGAUCUUUUGUGUGUCAGCUUGGGAUUGUUGGCCAACUUGCUCGAACAAUCAACCCAAGCCACUGAUAUGUUGAGAGAAACUCGGAUCCAACAACCAGAUCGUCGUUCAUCGAUGACUGUUUCAAACCCAAACCAACACUUCAAGUCGAGUUAUGGGUUCGAAGAAUUGAUCAGAUUGUACAUCGAUCCUCCCUGUGGGAAAUUGGACGAGAAAAAAUUUAUCAGAGGGUCGAUCAGUGUUUUGAUCAACUUGACAUUACUCAAUGGCUAUGAAGAUGCGAACGUUGAUUUGGAAGAUGAUACUUACCAAUCGGUAAACGAGCUUGAGAUCAUCAAGAGUUUCAAGAGCGUUCUGGACCAAGUAGGCUUUAAUUAUGUUGAUGAUCAUUGUGACGAAGAGAAGGGUCACGAGGGAACUGGCGAAGUGACGGGCUUGGAUGUGGGACAUGAGAAUGGAAAACUGGCAACGAAGAACGAGAUUAUCAAGAGUUUCUUGGCCGACCUGAAACUCCAUUCCGGUGCCACCUCGGCGUCUUCCUCUCUGUCCGUCCAGGAUCAAUCAAUCAGCUCUUCUCUGCCCACCGAUCGCCAGUCAAAUACUGUUGACCAUCUGACAAUCUUGGCCGCUUGUUGGAAUCGGUUGAGAGUCGAACUCAUUUAACAUCUCAGCUAACCUCUUGUAUGUUUAAACUAUCCAUCCUCCUCUUUGAGCUUUGGCUGUAAACUGGGACUAGUUUUGUACUUUCUUUAAGUAUCACCUUUCAAGUUUCUUUGAAGGGGGGAUGCAGUCCCACGAAGCUGAUAUUUUGUAGAUCACUGUUGUAUGUCCAUAAAUACAUGUUGUGAUGUGUGUCACUAGACGCAUACAUAUUUAUUUAGAGAAAUAACGCCUGCUUGGUGGUUCGGUUUUGUUAGAAUAUGCGAAAUCAGCUGUUAAUUACCCGAUCC